GUUACAUGGCUCGUUGGUCUAGGGGUAUGAUUCUCGCUUCGGGUGCGAGAGGUCCCGGGUUCAAAUCCCGGACGAGCCCACGUGAUUUUAAUUUUAUUGCUUUUUUCUUGUUACUAUUUUUUUACUGAUUUUAAUUAUAUAUUUAUUAUAUUAAUAUUAUUAUUAUUUAACAUUUUUUAUUUGAAUAUUCUUUUCAUAAUAAUAAAAUAUUAAGAUAAAAAUUAUAUUAUUGAUUAGUUUAUAGAAGUCUCGAUAAUAUCAAACAUGGCGCUUGGAUGGAAUCCAUCAAAAAAACACAGCGAUCGUGAAAGAUGGAUUUGUAUUUAUCCAGUUUAUCUAAACAGCAAAAGAACAUUAGCAGAAGGACGAAAACUUGCAAAAGAUAAAUGUGUUGAAAAUCCAACACAUCAAGAAAUUCGUGAUGUUUUAGUAGCAGCUGGUUUUAAUGUUGGAGUAGAAAAUAAAUUACAUCCACGAGAGCGUAGCAAAGAAUUGUUAUAUCGUGGACGCAUCCGCGUACAAUUAAAAAAUGAUGAUGGUACUCCUGUAAAAUCUGAAUUUCCUACUAGAGAUUCUGUUUUGGCUUAUGUAGGUACCACAAUUCCAAAAUUAAAAACUCGCCAAGGAAAGCAUUCAAGUGGUGAACAGUUUUCACAACCAUCAAGUUCAUCAUCGAAGAAAGGAAAAGGAAAGGGAAGGAGGUGAUAAAAUAUGAAAUAACAAAUAUUAAAAAAAUUAAAACUUAUAAAUAUUUUUUAUGUGUAUUCUAAUUAAAAUAAGAAUUAUUUUCAUACAAGAAAGAUUAUAUUAUCUUCAUAUCAUCUGACAAACAGUUUUGAACUGAAUAUUGUCCAUUUAUAUAUAUAAACAUUUAAUAUAAUCAUUAAUUAAUAAUAUUAAAAUUCCAUAUUUAUAUUUUUAAAAAUAUAUAUUUUUAAAAAUUUUUAGCAAAUUAUUUUAUUCGUUAAUUUUUAUUCAUUAUUCUUAUUUCAACUUUGAUAAUACUAUUAAUUGUUCAUAUUUUUUUCUAUCUUUAUUGUAUUUUUUAUUGUAAUCAAAAUUUAUUAUAUUUUUCUGGACAUUUAAAUUAUUUUCUUUGAUAUUGAAAGAUUAUUAUAAUUUUGAUUGUUUAUUGUGAGGUAUAUAUUUCACAAUAUAACCGUUAGGAUGAGGAUGAGGUGCUGAAAGAUGAGGUUCAAUCAUUCUUGAUAAUGGAAUCUGUAAAUUAAAUAUAUAUAUUGAAAUUUUUCAAAGUUACUUGCAUUUAAAAAUAGCAACAUAUAAGAAAAGUAGUACAUACAUUAUUGUGGAAAUUUUUAGGAGUUAAUCCCACAAUAGGAGUAUGUUGUCCAAAUGGAUACAUCAAAGUAUUCUUGAAACUUUUUCUUUUUUUAGUAAUUUCUAAUGCCUGAAAAAUUAAAUAUAAUAUAAUUAAUCACAAAAAUAUAUAAAUUAUAUUGUAUUAUAUGUUACUUAUUUACUUUAUUGAUAUUUCCAAGAAGUGGUCCAUCUGGAUGUAAUAUAUUACGGAGUUCUGAUCUAGCAUGCAUUAAAUCAUUUAAUGGUAAACUAGCUGAUUUCAUCAAACUGCUAGGAAUUUCAUGUAAUGCAUUAAUAUGAGGAUGUAAAUUAGGAUGUAAUACAGAAUGUAAUAAAUUAUUCCCUAAUAGUAA